CUAAUAAUAAUAAUAUAAAUUUGAAAAAAAAAGGACUGCAACUAAAGUGCGAACAGUGUAAAUUAUCCUUUUUUGGUUGCAUAUUAAAUUAAUUGAAUUGUGCACAAUUUGCGUGUGUUUUGCUCAGUGUGUUUAAUUGCCACUUUAUACUCAACAACAAAUUAGUUACCACAAAUUUGCAAACAACAACAGAAAUUCAUUUGUUCCAAAAUGAAAUCGACUAUUUCACUGCUGCUGGUUGUCAUCUGCACCGUCGUCUUGGCCGCCCAACAGAGCCAGGCCAAAAAAGGCUGUCAGGCCUAUGGCCAUGUCUGUUAUGGCGGACAUGGGAAACGCUCCUUGAACGGCAACGGCAACGGAGCUGCUGCUGCUGCUGCCGGUUCAUCUGGCGGCCUCGAGCAGGAGUUUGUGCGUCCCAACGGAUUGCUGCCGAUGCUAGCACCCAACGAACAGAUGCCCGCUGUGCCCGAUUCCGAAUUCGAUGAUUAUCCCUCACGUCAGGUGCUCUACAAAAUAAUGAAAUCAUGGUUUAAUCGCCCACAUCGACCUGUGCCACGUCUCGGUGAAUUGGAUUAUCCUCUCGUCAACUCUGGGGAAAACUUCAAUCGGGAACUCGCAAUGAAUGCACUGAACUAAGUGAUGCCGAAAACCUCUACACUUCAAUCAAUCGAACCAAAUACGUAUCACUUUCUUCAGCAUCCGACAAAAAACUUAAAAAACAACAACAACAGUUACAACAAUGAAUAAUGUGCAUGUUUAUUACAAUGUUUCAUAGGUGUCUACACAUAGAGCAACAAAUUUUCGCUACUUGCUUACAAAUGAGCUGUGUGAAAAUUCGAAAAGCAUCUGAAAUUUUUAAGGGCUGGUAAAAAUUUCAGUAAAUAAAAAAAAUUAAUAAUAAUAGUAUACUGGAAGCAGGCAAACGUUUUUUGUGAAUAAAAACAUAAUGGGAAAAUGCA